CAGUUGAGUCGUCGUACUGGGCGGCCUGAAGUUUGCGUGUCUGUCAGAUUUGUUUAUAUCUUGUGUAUGUAGUACAAGUGGUAGAACAUCUAUAAGUAUCGAAAGUUUCAGAAACGAGAAGACUUGCAACUAGUUGUGAUUUCACAUUAAUUCAAUUGAAAGUAGUCAAAACGUGCGGAAAGUAAGCGCUUUAAGAACCUCAAAUUUUAGUACAGAAUCUAGUUUGCUAGUUGUCGAGUAUUUAGGACUUGCGUACUGAACUGGUGCACGCCACCAAACUGCAUUAGGACAUAACACCAAAAGUCUUCCAUAAUUCAAUAAAUUUAAGACUUUUCGACAAACAAACUUGUUUAUAUCACCAACUAUAAAAUGUGAUGACACUCUGGAGUCGAAUAAUUACAAAAUAACAGGCAGAUUUUUCUCUCUGACAGACAGGUUCGCGAGUGUUAUUUCGCUCGACCUAAAUCGUGUGUUGGCGGGACUGAAUAGAGACAAACUUGUUUUUCCACAAACUUAAUGUCAUGUUAAUUACACUACUAACGACAUUUUGGUUACGAAUUUAACGGGCGUAAAAUAUUAUGCAGUGUUAUAAACUAACACGCAAGGAUUCUAAAGUGUUAUAAAUGUUAGUGGUUCAGAAUUCUAGGGGUGUAAAGUUCCCGUUUUCGUCUUUAACGGCCCCAUAUAUAAAGUGUUGUGCUGUGAUUUUUGUGUGCGUGAAUAUGUGAUUGUAACAUCUCUGAAGGUUUUGUGACACAUGGGAGCAGAAGCGUGCGUCUUAGGGAGACUUUGAACCAGGGACCAUGGCUAGAGGAGCUACGCGCAAAACGUAACGUUGAAACAAAAGAAAUAGUGUCGCCCGAACUCUUAGCGGUUGAGGACCCAUCCGCUGGAGGACGGGCUGGGUACUUGCAGCAAAUCAGGAUUCAAGCAGUUCUUCAAUGGCAGUACAGAAGCAAUAUUUCACGUUGAACACGGGGCAGAAAAUGCCGAUGGUUGGAUUAGGUACAUACAGGAUUCAUGGACAAAGUGUAAUAUAUCGAGUUAUUGAGGCGGGGUUGAAGGCUGGCUACAGAGCAUUUGAUACAGCGGCUGUUUAUCGAAAUGAAGAGGCGAUAGGGUUGGCUUUAAAGACCCUGCUACCCAAAUUUAGCCUCUCCAGGGAGGAUAUAUUCUUAACAACGAAACUUGAUCCAAGCGACCAUGGAAAGGGAACGACUACUAAGGCUGUGAAAGAUUCAUUAAAGAAACUGGGCACUUCGUAUUUGGAUCUAUAUCUGAUUCACUGGCCAGGUGUGUCAAGAUUACCGGUACACAGCCCUGAUAACGCGUUAAUUCGUUCAAACACUUGGCAUGAAUUGGUAUCACUGCAUCGACAAGGGGUUCUGCGUGCCAUCGGGAUAUCAAACUACACCGUACAGCAUCUAAAGGAGCUUAUUAAAAAUUCUCAUGGUGUCAUUCCAGCUGUUAAUCAGGUUGAAUAUCAUCCCCACUAUAAACAACCCGAAUUAUUGAAGCUGUGCCAAGAUAAGGGUGUUUUGCUGCAAGCUUAUUGCUCGCUGGGCGGCUCUUCAGAUCGUCGCCUGUUAGAAGAUGCUACGGUAGGAAUAGUCGCCAAGAAACUUUGUCGAUCUCCCGCACAGAUUCUGUUACGCUGGGCCUUACAACAGGGCAUCGGUGUCAUUCCAAAAUCUGUGAGCCCUGACCACGUUUCUGAUAAUAUGAAGCUAGAUUUUAUUAUCCCUGAUAGCGAUAUGAACGCACUAAAUAAUAUACCAAUUGUGGAAAAGUACGCUUGGGACCCGACACCAGUGGUGUAACUGCGUUACUUUAUCGCAAUGGAAAGUGUUUGCACG